ACAACAUUAAUGGAGUGAGGUCGGUUUGGAGAGGGCUUCCACAGUGGUAUUGCUGAAAACGACCAGGGAAUGCAGGCUCUUGGCAUCGGCUAGGACAUGGUACUUUCUCAGCGAGAAGAAGGAUGUCCUCCCUCCGAUCCAUCUCCCAAUCGAGCUGGAAGGGAGGAAGGCAUCCUAUUUCGUGGGGAGAUGGAGCUGGAUGGGGCGGUGAGGAAAGAUUUUUGCACCAUUUGCAAGAGUGGUGGCAAAGUAGCUCGAGAUGCCCUGGAGGAGCCGCUAAGUAGAUUCUCAAAUUAUUGGAAGACGGAGGCAGGCAAGAAGGCAGAAGAAGACCUGAUGAAGCAUUACCUUGUCAAGUGGAAGUCGAGGUCUUACCUUCAUUGCUCUUGGAUACCGCUGAAUGAAAUGGAGAGAGCUUCAAGGCUGUAUCAUGGCUUGCGAAUGAAGAUGAACCAAUUCCACAAAACGUGUGAGGCCAUGAAGCAAUGUCCAACUCGAGUGGAAUGAAUCACUGUUGAUAGGGAUGAAAGGUUUGCUUACGAUGAUUUUUCUUGCAUGUUGACACUAAAUUAUUAGAGUAUCUUGUCAAGUGAUGUCAAGCAUAUUCUAUAGUA